UUUAAAACCUCAGAACUUCCGUAAAGCGCGGUGCAGUGAAAUGUGAGUUGUAAGCGCAAUCGGUCGUGAUACCCGGUGAGGUAUGCCUCGUGUGCAGUAUCCUCACCACCAUGAGAUGGAUUUCGCGUCCUACAGAAAUCUCCAUUUCUACCCCAAGUCGACCGUACUAGAAAGACUGGGCAUAGAACCUCAACUCUUGCAUUUCCAGCAAUAUAUACGUUAUUCGGAACCGCUGGAUCUUCCUGCGGCUCCGUUGGAUUUGAGCCUGAAAAGCACGCAAGUUCCUAUCACACCCCCAAGUACACCUUCGCCAAAGACUAAGAGUCCGACGCCGGAAGUACCAAGUAAGAAAUCAAAGUUGAGUUCAUUAAGCCCGAAAAAAAACAAGGCUAUCCGUAAGCUCAAUUUUGACGAAGACAACAGCUCACCAGUGUCCGGUACCAUAAUUCGAGAACUGCGCCCCGAUGAAAAUUUAGUCGUAAGGAAAGGCGACAUCGACCCAGCGUUCAACGUGGUCGAAAUAACCGAAGAAGCCAAAGCAGAAUUAGCCAAGAUCGAAAACCACAUCGGCGAUUACGUCUGCAGGCUGUGCAAAGAACUCUACGAGGACGCUUUCGGAUUAGCCCAGCACAGGUGUUCCCGCAUUGUCCACGUGGAGUAUCGUUGCCCCGAAUGCGACAAGGUGUUUAAUUGCCCCGCAAAUUUGGCAUCGCACCGGCGAUGGCAUAAACCGAGGGUUAGCAAAGAAAACAAACAGGACGACGGAUCAGUUAGCGAAUCAGAGUCCGGCGAGCAGUUUCCCUGCAACGAUUGCGGCAAAAGAUUUCGCAGGAUAGCCUAUCUUCGGAAACAUCAGGCUAUACAUCAAGUCGACUGACAAAGGCUUGUCCCAGUCCGGCCUAUACCGAGACUGCCCCCUUCAUUGUGGAGACCGCCACCAUUGCCCCCCGUUGGUGGGGAUGCUGUUGCUCCCGAAAGGUUCUUUCCUGGUAUGAAUUGGUUGGAUUUUUCAAAUUGUAAAUAAUAUUGUAAAAUAAUUUCUCCGUACUGUACAGUUUUCAUAAUUAGGCACAAAAAAUGCUUUCGUUAGAUAUAAUUUAAGAAGAGUAUUUUAAAAUACUCAUGGUUAGCGUUUUGCGUAUAUCAUUAAUGUUUGAAGCCAAAGAUUUUAUAAACAUGAGUUACUCAAUUCUAUAUUAAAAAAGUGUAAAAUAAGUAAGACCAAAAGAUGUGAUAUUUCACGGUAGAACAGGGUCUAUUUAGUUAGUUAUUUUGACUGAAUCUGAGCUUCUGGUCAUUUUUCAAGCAUUGCUAUUACUUGCAGUUACAAUUUUUCUAAUACGGAUGUCGGAUAGCUGUUCUAAAAAUCAGAAUACAAAAUUUAUGUUAAAUGUUCGCAUCUAUUCGUAAAGCACUAGAUUCUUUUAUCCAUUUGUCUUUGCUUAAUAUCUGAGUAGGGUGCUUGGAUGGUGUUCUUCAAAAUAGUUUCCAUAAUUUCCAAAAUAUUGUGGCUGAUUACACAACUACCGUAAUUAAUAAUUCCAUAAAUAACUUAUGCUUACAAUAUUAUUAUUCAAUUAUAAAAUAUCCCGCGUGUAUCAAGCAAUGUCGAUAUUCAUCUUUCUUGAACGAAGGGGCUCUUGAGUUUUCAGAAAGUUAUUGAGAUCCUAAUUUUUUUUAGCGCUAACCAAAUUUUGUAGCUCCAUUAACAAUUCAAUUAAUAUAUAAUUAUAACAUAUAAUUUUUGCAUUCCAUAGAAAAAUAGAAUAACUGCAGUGGUUGGUACCGGAUAACCUGCAACAAUAGACUGUUUACAAUCAAGUUUGAAGAAAUAUUUAUUUUCUAAUUUUGUUUUUUUUUUACGUAAAAUAAUUGAAUGCCAUGAAAUCCGCAAUACAAUUUAAUUUUGAACCCUCUCUUUUCCAUUUAAUUUGAAUGGCAUUAGUCUUGAUCGACGUCAUAAAAAUGUUAACUAUUUUUAUCAUAUUCCCAAAGGUUUAUAUCUCGGUAAGUAUUAUUGCGUAGCAUGUCCAAAUCAAAAUUAACGGCUUAAGGUUUUAUUAUAACGUAUAUAGCAUGACUGUAAACCCAACUAACAUUUUUCGCAGCUCAAAAUUUUAUUAUAUAACAACGGAUAUUUUAUAAGAAACCCCAGCUUUCAGAACAGUCUUUAUAGUUUUAUGAGAAAUCCAUUGGUAUUAUUGGUAAGAUGUCCGAUAAAUAUCAAGUUUCUGUCGCUUUAUCUAUAAAGACUUUAGUGUUGGUUACUUUGGUACUUUUAAAAACAUUAUAGCAAAAAAAUGCGCUUCAGCUCUAAUUAACCCACAUAGUCAGCUUCCGCUUUUAUCAGUUUCUCUUUUGCCUAUGAGACAAAUGGAAGUACAUUAUUUUACAGAUAAAGUUUUAACGUACAAAUAUCUUCUUGUUUUCCUCCAAAGGACUAUUCGUUUCCAACGUUGGCAAUUACCCUUGCUAUAAUGAACCUUUUUACUCUGAAUAAUUCAGUGGUUGUUUUACAAAACCAUGUUCUUAAGUUCUUCCACCAUGAUAUCCUACGCCUCCCGGGUCUCUCUUGUAACAGGUUUUUUCCUGGAGAAUAUCUUAAAUGAGACGUAUUUCUUUUCGUUUCGCAUUAUAUAUUAUAUAUUCAAUGUCAAUGACUCUACUCAGUAGAAGAGUGUGUAGAGAGUGCUUGUUAAAUAUCGUUUCCAAAUAAGUGAAUUUGGACACUCUUUCUGUUAGAUUCUCUAUGGUAAACAACUGAAAUUUCUGAUGUUCUGUUGACUUAUUAUCAUGAACUUGGUUUUACUGUUGUCAUUUUUAGACCAAAUUGUUCAUUGGCAUCGUAAACGUAAAACUUCAUCAUAUAGAAAAUAUUUUUAAAAAUGAAGUAUACUAUAAUAAGUUUAGUUACGUAGCCGUAUCGUGUUUUUUCCUUCUUGGUUCAAGCUUCCCAAUUCUCUUCUUCCAUCAACUCACCAAUUUGGAUUGGAUUAAUUUAUCCGCAACCAUCAAACCAUUAAUCAACAGGACACAUACCAAGUUAACAAAAGCCUAAUAAAACAAUAUAGUGUUCGUACCUUCUACAAUC